CCAAUUCACAGAGUUACAAAUUUCCAAAUUUUGGCAGGAACGUAAAAUGGCGGGCAGCACAAGUUGUUUUCCCUGCCUGCUUCCUACAAAGAAGGCCGUUUCUCCGUCUUUUAAUAUCGUUCAUCGGUUGCAUAUGCGACAGUUGCGAGGAAGUUUGCGACCCACCGCCCGUACCUACCCCGUCUGUCGCUCCUUAUUUGGCAAGAUUCCAGGUCGACUUGGCAUCCCACUCAAGAACAUCGUAGAUGCAUCUUCUCUUCUUGAUGAAGGCCAUGUCUUUCUAGGCUUCAGCAAAGACGGCCAGUUUGUGUUGUCCUACACACUCAAUGUGGACGUAGAAGACCACACGUCUUUCCCAGUCUACAUCUACCAACUGUUCUGGUGGAGGUACAGAGACAACCAACCCAUGUAUAAGGUGUCGGAGGUUCGUUUGUUCAAUGAGGAAGAAAUACAACAAGAUCUGUACAUUGCUGUUUGUAGCUGGCCUACGGACGGCUCCAAGAUCCUGGUGUAUGGCUGCUGUAUGUCUUCCAAGCCGCGGUCUGAGGAGAAGCUGAUGUGCUACGUCACCAUCACGGCAGUGCCUUCCCUUGCGCCUUGCCCUAAGUGCCUUCACCUCAAGUACAGUACUGACACAGACUACACAUCCCAUGCAGAUCCAGGGGUGCCCCCGGACCUCGCAGAUGAGCUGUCGGCAACCUCGGGAGCCGCUGCCCCGCCCUGCUGCCUACAGCACAGUUUUGCCGUCCACACCCAAUACGAACUCUCCCCUCCCUUCCCAUCCUUCUCCCCCAAGCACAGCCUGGCCAAGGAUGGCCUGGUGGUCCUAAACACGGGGGAUUCCAUCAUAGCUCUGGCGGUCAACGUCGGCGACCAGGACCUACCCUCGGGGAGCCUCUACUCCCCUCUCCUAACCCCCUCUCGGGGGUCCAGCACCCAUCGGUCUAGCUUACAUGGAACCGGCCCCCUGCAUGUUGGUACCAGUGUGGAACCGGAUGAUGAUUUUGAGGAUCUGGAAGACAGUGCGGCUUACCCCCACCAGAUUGAGCGACACAGCCGAGCCUUGGCUGCCAUGGACCUGGACAGCUACCAGCUCUGCGACGAGUGGGACUACCCGGAGAGCUCCCCGGCCAUGUUCCUCCACGACUCGGACUUCGACGGCGAAAACACUCGAGACACAGAUGAUGACGAGGAUGAGCCCACACUACGAGACCACACGCUGAGUCCAAUGUGCAAUACGGGGCAUUGGAGCGACGCCGACAGCUCCUGUCUGACCACUUCACCAGGACAUCAGCAGCCAAGUCAGCAACCACCUCUUGCCAAAUCCAGUCCACCCUGGAGUGCCUCGGAAGACGUCGGUGUUUCUUCAUCGGACCCUACUUUCUCGGCUGCUCUGCCUGAAAUCCAGGUCAGCGCUCACUCACCUUCGACCGCUGGCGGGAGAAUCACAGGUGCCACUGUUCCCACGGAAACACAUUCCCCUGGAAACGCCUCUGAAAACGCUGCGUUUGGUUCCGAGAGUUCAGACGAACGGAACAGCCGAAGACAUUCCAAAAGCAAGAACCAUUUUCGAGGUGCUGGCCCGCGGAAUCAAGUGGACAACUCGCCUGUGGCAGCUAGCCAGGAGCAGACCCACACUGGAGGAAACAUCGCACAGAAAACAAACCCAGCCGGUGGAGACAAGAGUGCCCAAACAAACAAUUGCCUGGCUGGACCCUACAUGAGCUGGAGCAGUCCACUCCGGUGCGGGGGUUACACCGUGUCGGACAGGGGCAGCACCUGCGGGGAGGACGGGCAACUCGGCAGCGAGAUCGAGCAGCAUUGCCCUUACCAUCACCGGGCAACAGAGGGCAGCACACAGGGAAGCCAGCGUACAAUGCAGGAGUGUACCUGCAAGCUGCAGGGCUUCACGUAUUCGGUCCGACGAUACGUGGAAAGAACCCUGUACCAUGACUAUCUGCAGCCCUUGGAACCAGACACCUUUGACUAUCAUAGUACGGUCCCACUGGUUGUGUGUGGUACCCAGAAGUCUCCUAUGGUGAUGACCAGCAGGUGUCUUAUAAAUGAGGGUUACCAUGUGGAAGUGAAGCAGCUGACAAUGGAUGCAGAACACUACCUCUGUGUCACCAUACGCACCUACGCCCCCUGGGCCAAGCGCUACAUCUCCUUCACAGACUACGACAUGCAGAUACUGGAUGUGUGUGGAGAUUCCUACAGCGUGGUUGUCAUGGUGAUUGCCCUUAUCCGUGCAUGGCCAGAACCCACGGUGCCUCGAGAUGUCUUUGAAUUUGACGACGACCCAACAAAUGAAACACCCAAACUUUACGAGACGAGUUUCAAGUUCUCCUGGAAUCUGAAAACCGGUCAGUACCAGACGAUUGAGGUCGGAGAGUUGAAGGAGUUCAACCAGGCUACACUAUGCAAGACGUGGAAUCCAGGUCGCGUGUUGUGCCAGCGACUGCAGCGUGAGUGGGCAGUUCCUCAGGGCCACGCUAGAAGUGUGCACGUACUCACCAACGAGGCUGUCUUCAAAAACAAAUCUCUGCGGAAGCUGCUGGACCCUGUACACUACGUAGCCAUAGUCCUGACGUGACCAUAAUGGAACCCAUAGGUGCUACACCUGAUUCAUGGUGAUGAGUUGGUCCGACAGUGGUGCCCAUAAACCUAACCUGUGUGCCUGCUUCUCCCAAUUCGUAAUGCCUACAUGAUCCAACAAUAGAACUCAUAUACCCCUCCUCUAGGUGCUACACCCAAUUCAUGGUGAUGACUUGAUACCACAGUGGUGCCCAUAAACUCAAGCUGUGUGCCUGCUACAAUCAAUUCAUAGUGCUGACAUAUCAUGGUGGGACCCAUGUACUCAACUUUUAGGUGCUACGCCCAAUUCGUAGUGCUGACGUGAUCCCACAGUGGAACCCAUAGACCCCUUCUAUGGGUGCUACACCCAAUUCAU